AUGGCAGCCAAACCCAAGCUCUACUACUUCCGUGGCCGGGGAAGAAUGGAGUCAAUUCGCUGGUUGCUGGCUGCAGCUGGAGAGGAGUUUGAAGAAGAAUUUCUUGAAAAAAGAGAACAAUAUGAAAAACUGGGAAAAGAGGGAUGCCUGCUUUUUGGCCAAGUGCCUUUGGUUGAAAUGGAUGGAAUGAUGCUAACACAGACUCGAGCCAUCCUCAGCUAUCUGGCUGCCAAGUACAACCUGUAUGGGAAGGACCUGAAGGAGAGAGUCAGGAUUGAUAUGUAUGUUGAUGGCACAUUGGACUUGAUGAUGAUGAUUGCAGUGGCUGCAUUCAAAUCCCCCGAGGAAAAGGAGGAGAGCUUGGCUUUAAUUGUGAAGAAGGCAAAAACUCGCUAUCUACCCGUCUUUGAAAAGAUUUUGAAAGACCACGGACAGGAUUUUCUUGUUGGCAAUAAAUUCAGCUGGGCAGAUGUACAACUGAUAGAAGCUAUUUUAAUGAUGGAAGAACUCAAUGCUUCAAUUCUUUCCGACUUCCCUCUGCUAAAGGCAUUUAAAACAAGAAUCAGCAGCAUCCCUACAAUUAAGAAGUUCCUGCAGCCUGGGAGUCAGAGGAAGCCGCCCCCUGAUCAGCACUAUGUUGACGUUGUCAAGCACAUCUUGCAGUGGUGA